GAGAAAUAUUUGAAAUAAAAGACAACAGAUAGGGGACGCAGCGAAGGCAGAGGGAGGCAGAAGGGCCAAUAGCCUCGGACAAGGGAAUCGGUACAAUCUGGCCCGUGUUUGCUGAUGAUAAUGCGCCUUUCCAAAGCCCUAAUAGACAUGGAGAUGGCAGAUUAUAGCGCAGUGCUAGACCCGGCGUAUACCACUCUGGAGUUUGAGAACAUGCAGGUGCUGGCUAUGGGCAACGACACAUCUCCAUCAGAAACAGCCAACCUCAACACUUCCAACAGCAUCGGGGUGAGCGCGCUGUGUGCCAUCUGCGGGGACCGUGCCACAGGGAAGCAUUAUGGGGCUUCCAGCUGCGAUGGCUGCAAAGGCUUCUUCAGGAGGAGCGUCCGGAAGAACCACAUGUACUCCUGCAGGUUUAACAGGCAGUGUGUGGUAGACAAAGACAAAAGAAACCAGUGCCGAUACUGCAGGCUUAAGAAGUGCUUCCGAGCAGGAAUGAAGAAGGAAGCUGUACAAAAUGAACGGGACCGAAUCAGCACCCGGAGAUCAAGUUACGAAGACAGCAGCUUGCCCUCCAUCAGUGUCUUACUGCAGGCAGAAGUCCUGGCACAACAGAUAUCAUCCCCAGUUCCUGUGAUCAACGGAGACAUCCGAGGGAAGAAGAUUGCCAACAUCUCCGACGUGUGCGAGUCCAUGAAGCAGCAGCUGCUAGUGCUGGUGGAGUGGGCGAAGUACAUCCCUGCCUUCUGCGAGCUGCCCCUGGAUGACCAGGUAGCACUGCUGCGAGCACAUGCAGGGGAACAUCUGUUACUGGGAGCUGCCAAGAGGUCCAUGGUGUUCAAGGAUGUCUUGCUGCUAGGAAACGACCACAUCAUCCCACGGAACUGCCCCGAACUGGUAGAGGUGAACCGCGUAGCCAUCCGCAUCCUGGACGAGCUGGUCCUCCCCUUCCAGGAGCUGCAGAUAGAUGAUAAUGAAUAUGCCUGCUUGAAAGCCAUCAUCUUCUUUGACCCAGAUGCCAAAGGACUCAGCGACCCCUCGAAGAUCAAGCGGAUGCGAUACCAGGUGCAAGUCAGCCUGGAGGACUACAUCAAUGACCGGCAAUACGACUCACGGGGCCGCUUCGGGGAGCUGCUGCUGCUGCUGCCUGUGCUGCAGAGCAUCACCUGGCAGAUGAUAGAGCAGAUCCAGUUUGUCAAGCUCUUCGGCAUGGCUAAGAUUGACAACCUGCUGCAGGAGAUGCUGCUGGGAGGCUCAUCAAGUGAAACACCGCAUGCUCACCACCCCCUGCACCCUCAUCUGAUCCAGGAGAACCUGGGAACAAACGUCAUUGUGGCCAACACAAUGCCUCCUCAGAUGCACAACGGGCAGAUGUCUACUCCAGAAACUCCACAGCCAUCUCCACCUGCAGGCUCAGGACCAGAGCAAUACAAGCUGCUGCCCGGAGCCAUUGCAACCGUGGCAAAACAGCCCACCUCCAUCCCGCAACCCGCCAUCACGAAACAGGAGGUCAUCUAGCAAUCUGCAGACCAGAUGGCCUCGUUUAGAAGACCGUGUGGGACAAAAGCCCGAACUGACUCUGUCACUGUGAAAAGAGAAGCCAUCCAGAGGUCAAUGGGUGCAAACACACGGACUUGCUUAUUGGACUAGUCCACCACCACCAAAAGCUGUCUUCCUGCAGCUACGGACAGCGUGUGCCACGGGCAGCCCUGAGUCCCAGAACUAAAGUUGAAGCCUUACUGAAACCCUCAGUCUUUGUUAGAAGGGCCAGAUUUCUGCCUCCCUCUGUGGGGAGGUUGCAGUGACUGGCUGGGGACAGCGCACCUGGCUGUUCCCCCCAUUGCCACCUCUCAGCAUUGGCUCAGCACACACCAGUCCCUGCGAACAAGCAAUUCCCUGUGCGAUGUGAAUGGAGGGUUUCCCUCCCGCAGCCAUGCCAGCUCCCCAGACAGUCCCCAGUCCAGCCAAACUUGAUGGAGAUGGAAGCUCCCCCAGGAGCAUCACAGAAGGUGAAGCACACGGGUUUUGCCCAGGCAGCACUGGCAGAACCACUCCUCAGCCUUGGCUAGUCCCAGGUCUUUGCAUGGUGUCACCUUCCAGCACACUAACUCCCCCAGCCGGGUCUAACGAAUCUUUUCAGCUGAUACUGGGGCAAAGUCUGGCCCACCAGAAUUCUCCACUAUUUGGAUCCUUCUGCCUUUUGAGGGGUUUUGUUACUUCCGUGCCAUGACCACCCUCCCACCACAAGGCUCAAAGAGGCAACCACUGCCAAAUCCUUCCCUUACACCACUUACUGCCUCCUUGCUACCUGGACUGGGAAGUUGGGGGACCACCGGAUUCAGGAGAUUUCAGCUAAUGGGAUGAGGUCAUCCCCAUACAGGCUGGCGGUGGGCAGCACUGCCCAAAAUAUCACUGGCCCCACUAUUGCCUCUCAGCUGUCAGAAGAAGACCACUUGAUACCUAUUUGGAAGAAAGCGGGGGUAAGGACGUAUGAAGGGGAGAGACCUGUGAGGGUGAGAAGAGCCCGAGCUUCACAGGUUGGACCAAGGUCUUGGGCUGCCCAAGUGCUGGGAGCAUCAUGACCUAGGAUCUCAGUUCAGACCCAGCUUUAAUGCUAAAAUAUGCCAUAUAAUCUACUUGUCCAGUCCAAUGCCACUCCUUCAGCUUAGAGUGAGUGGUUGAUAACAGAUUUAUAGGUCUUCAUAACAUGAUAAGAAUUCAUUAUGGCUCCUUCAGACCUCAGAGGGUCUGAGGGCAGCAACCUCAAAACCACAAUGCUUUGAGUCCUGCAGAGAAGAACAACAGAGGUCAAGGAAAGACCCUGUCUCACCCAAGCCCCUUGGGUCUGCCCCAGCCUUGGGUCUACACCCGCCUGCCCUGCUCCCUCCCUGCCACAGUCCCCGUUUCUCUGUGCCUGCCUGUGCCAAAACCCUGCAGAUCUGACCUUUGGUUUACAGCUGAAACCAGGAAAGGAGCCUCCCACUCCCAGCGCAUGCCUGUCUGGGUGCCAGCAGGGCUGGAGCUCGCAGAGCCCUGCACAAAUUCAGGCUUAGAGUAAUUUUUGGCAGCGCAAGGCAAUAGCAGCUCUAACUAACCAUAGACUAUUUGAGGCGCUGGCCCCUCGGGAAGAUGAAACUGGUGGAACCAUGGCUGCCGAGAGGUCGCUGGCAGGGACGAAUCUGAGCCAGCCCAGCCAGAGGAGCUGCAGGUCUGUCCCUUGAUUUCCAAUGCAAAAAUGAAACACCUCGCCUUGUGCUGAUGGUGUCAGAAGUAUUGUAUCGUCUCUCAAUGCUGGUGGCAUCGUACUGAGUAAUUUAUUGCAAUGAUGAAUCCAAUCAUUUUCUGUAAAUUAUUUUGUAAAUCAUAUUGAUUAUUUAUAAUUGGGAGAUUAAAUGCAAAAAACCCAUAAUAACCAGGCUGUCUUUUCCAACUGCAGCAACCCUUUUUCCUGUAUGUAGACAUACUCUGUGGGGAAUCCUUUCUGGUCCAUUUGCACCAAGCAUUCCUCGAUAUUGUACAUUAAUUUUUGCUGGUUACUGCCUUCCAAUGGAAACAGUGGAAUAUUUCUUCACUAGAGUUUGUAUUCAUGAAAAAAAAAAAAAAAGAAAUAAAUGCAAAAAUAUUUUCUAA